AUUACCGCCUGAGUUAGAAUUAACAACAGGAAAUGUGUCAGAAAAUUAUAAGAAAUGGAAAAGACAGGUCGAGGUGUAUCUCGCAGCUUCCGGUGGCUUAGAGAAGGCCAAAGAAGUGCAGGUAGCCAUUAUACUCAGUUGUGGAGGCCCCACGUGGUAGAAAUUUAUGACCAAUUCAAGUGGGACAAUGUUAAUGAUGAGAAUGACCCCGAAAAACUGUUUGAGAAAUUACAAUCUUAUUGUAACCCCAGAUCAAAUGAAGUACUUGAAUCACACAGAUUUUGGAAGCUCCCAUACCAAGAUCCAUUUGACAGUUUUCUCACAGACCUGAAGACCCGUGCAGCAUCUUGCAACUUUAAAGAACCUGAAAGAAUGAUGAGAGACAAAAUAGUGUUCACGGUCACUGGAAAGUUACAGGAACUUCUACUCAGAGAGGACAAACUCACACUCGACAGAACUAUACAAGUAUGUAGGGCGUAUGGACAAUCGAACAGACAAGUGAAGGAACUACGUGAAACCACUCUGAAAGUGAACAAGCUACAGAAAUCUGACAAGUACAUGCACAGUAAACAGAAGACAGAGAAAAAGAAGGAAAUUCCAAAGACUAAACAAACUCCGUAUAAGAAGAAGGACUGUGAAUUCUGUGGGUACAAACACGAACCAGGAAAACAAAAGUGUCCAGCAUGGGGAAAGUGCUGUGAACAAUGUGGUGGAAGGAAUCACUUCAAAGCAAAGUGUAAGAAGAUACAUUCAGUCUGUCAGGAAGAAGAAUUCAACGAGGACCAAUGGUUGAAAGCCGUAAGUUCUGGUGGCAAAGAAGUGACUGCAAUAAUGCGUAUCAAUGAGUGUGACAUUAGAUUUCAACUCGAUAGCGCCGCAGAUGUGAAUACAAUCUCUCAGCGUUAUGUCCGCAAGGAGCAAUGCAAGCCCACUAAAAUCCGCUUGAACAUGUGGAACAAGACAAACAUGAAACCGCUUGGUGAGGCAGAUCUGACAGUCAUCAAUCCACGUACAAAUGAGAAGCACCAACUCAGAUUCAUUGUCGUUCCAAAUCAUUUUACAUGUUUACUUGGACUUGAAGCGGGGCAGAAAUUGAAGUUGAUUACCAUAAAUAACGAGAAAUUCAUAACCAGUGUAUCGAGCAGUGACUUAGGUGAUUUGGGAACAGCGCAUCUACAUGUCGACCCAAACGUGAAACCCAAAACUCUUCCCUGCAGGAAGAUCCCUAUCGCACUUCAGAGUUUGGUACGUGAGGAACUUCAGAAGCUUGAAGAUAGAGGAGUACUUAUUCCGAUCACAGAGCCUACUCCAUGGGUCAGCCAGAUGGCUAUUGCUCGUAAAGCCAACGGCAAGCUAAGAUUGCGUAUUGACCCACAAGCACUCAACACAGCAUUGAUGAGAGAACAUUAUCGCUUACCUGUUCUUGAUGACAUUCUACCACAGCUCAGUAAGGCCAGAACCUUCACAAAACUUGACGUCAAAGAGGCUUUUUGGCAUGUGAAGUUGGACGAGGAAUCCAGCAGAUUAACGACAAUGAUAACUCCUUUUGGAAGGUAUAGAUGGGCGAGACUACCUUUCGGACUAAAGGUAUCAAUAUUUGGAAACAUGACAGGUGUUUUCAGCGUGGUGGACGAUAUCAUCAUAGCGGGCUGUGGAGAGAAUGACGGAGAAGCUGAGCAAGACCAUGAUUUAAAACUGAGAAAAGUGUUGGAGAGAUGUGAGGAGAGACGCAUCAUCUUGAACAAAGAAAAACAAGAGAUUGGACUGAAAGAAAUCUCAUUUCAUGGACAUGUUAUUUCAAGAGAUGGAGUAAAAAUUGAUGACAAGAAAGUAAAAGCCAUCAAUGAAAUGCAACCUCCUACUGAUGUAUCAGGAAUCAAGAGACUGUGUGGCAUGGUCCAGUACAUGGCAAAGUUCCUUCCAGACCUAUCUACCAUAAUGGAGCCACUCAGAGAACUCACUCGCAAAGAUAAGGCAUGGCAUUGGUCUAAAGACUGUGAAGCAGCAUUUCAGAGAAUCAAGAAGAUGCUGACAGAAACUCCUGUACUAGCGUACUUUGACCCUGGAAAGGAAGUAGUAGUACAAGUGGACAGUAGUAAAGACGGCAUUGGUGCAGUUCUCCUGCAGGAAGGUAGACCAGUGGAGUAUGCAUCUAGAUCAUUGACAGUGUCCGAGAGAAACUGGGCGCAGAUCGAGAAAGAAGCGUUGUCAGUGUUAUACGGUUUGGAACGUUUUGACCAGUAUACAUAUGGCCGUAAUGUGACGAUACAGAAUGACCAUAAACCAUUAGAGGCCAUCCUGAAGAAACCUCUAGCAAUGGCACCAAAGCGACUACAGGAUAUCAUGAUGAGAUGGAACCGGUAUGACUUUGACUUUGUAUAUGUCAAGGGAACUAACCUUACAAUAGCAGAUACUUUGAGUCGCGCAUAUCUGAAGAGUGAAGAGGGUAAUGUUAGUGAGAGACUUAGAAUCAUGGCAUUGAAGAGUGACGAACCAUGUGAUAUUCCUGAUGCUCGCCUAAGUGAAAUAAAGGAAGCAACAGAGAUUGACGAGGAAAUGCAAAUUCUCAAGGAAACCGUGACGAACGGGUGGCCAGAGCAGAAACAUGAAACGCCACAGAGAAUUUACCAUUACUUUGAUUUCAGAGACACUAUAUCAUUUAGUGAUGGACUUAUGCUCAAAGGGGAAGCUGUAAUUAUCCCUAAAUCUUUGAGGAGUGAAAUGAAGACCAGACUUCACAAGGCUCACUUUGGAUAUGAUAGCAUGCUGAGGAGGGCAAGAGGAACAAUAUUUUGGCCUGGAAUGAAAUCAGAUAUCAAGCAGUUGGCCGAUUGUUGUUCAAUAUGUCAAGAAAGAAAACCAAAGAACCAAAAUGUUCCACUGAUGCAGCAUGCAGAAGGAUCUACUCCAUGGCAGAAAAUAGGACUUGACCUGUUUGAGCUGAAUGGAAAGCAUUAUUUGAUUGCAGUUGACUAUUUCUCAAGUUUCAUCGAAAUUGAUUUGCUUACAUCUUUGACAAGCUCCAAAGUAAUAGCUUUACUCAAGAAACAAUUUGCUCGAUUUGGAAUUCCAAAUGUAAUCAUGUCUGAUGGAGGACCACAGUUUGUAAGCCAAGAAUUCCAAGAUUUUGCAAAGAAGUGGGGUAUCACUCACAUGACAUCAUCGCCGAUGCAUCAACAAGCCAAUGGCAAGGCCGAGUCAGCUGUCAAAUUCAUGAAGACAUUGUUAAGGAAAUGUGAAGUUGAGAAGGCUGAUCCUUAUGAAGCAAUUCUCGAGCAAAGAAAUACACCAAAACAGGAUACUGGUAUGAGUCCUGCAGAAAUUAUGUUUAACAGGAAAGUGCGUGGCAUGAUUCCACAUUUUCCACAGAAACUCGAGAAACCAGAAACUGAUGCAUUCAUCAAGAAGAGGAAUCAACGCAGACAGACAGUAAACAAAUCAUUUGACAGGAAGUCUCGCGAGCAGAGUGAAUUGGACGUUGGUCAAGCAGUAUUCUUCCAGCAUCUAGAGGGACGCAACUGGAGACUCGGGGAAAUCAAUGGUAUUCUUGGACCAAGGACAUACAUCAUCAAGGACCAGAAUGGAACCACCUAUCGUAGAAACAGAAUUCAUGUGCGACCUACCGCAGUCAAUUUCUACAGUCGUGACCGCUCACCGAUGCGUUCAGUCCCAGAUGAUAAUUCAGACGGCAUACAGAGAAACAUUGUAACAGACUCUAAGCCAGUGAACAAUCCGAACUCUACCGUUAGCGUAAGCGCACCAGAAACACCGUCCGUUGAACUUACCGUACCAACGCCAACUGAACCGAUUCGUGAAGGAAGACCUGUGCGCGAAAGGAGAAAACCAGCUUAUCUGAAAGACUAUAUUACUGGUUAAUGGACUUUGUAUUAUGAUAUUUAGUCAUUUAGUCGUUUGAUUUUCUAGUCAUUGUGUACAUGUAAAUUGCAAUUAAUCAUUUUGUGUCUAUAGGUCGGAUACUGAACAUUUCAGUGACAUUUUGUGCUAGAUAAGUGCAUUAUUCAUUUUAUGUGUGUAAAAUGAUGAAAGUUUAUUUGUUUAUGAAAUUUGAUGUUUUGAAGAAAUUUUGACAAAUUUUCUAAAGAAAAGGGGAUGUUGAUGAAAUGCUAUAUACUAUAUUUGGAACAGGUUCGGAAUUCGGGUCGGGUUCGAUGUAUGUUUUAU